UUUUAACGCGAGACACCUGUCAGUGUGUCGGUUCUACUUUUGUAUCUUUAUUUAACUGUUAUUAGCGAUGUAGGUAAGGUUUGUGCGAAAGAUACGUCGCGAAUUGCGUCACGAACUAUCACAAACAAUAUUGUACGUCACGGUGUGUCGGCUCUUCGCGAUAAUUAUCACCUCUUAGCAACGGAAAACCGAUAUUCAUUAUCAUUAUGUACACUAGAUUUUAUUCUCGCCGACUGUGCCGAAUUUUCGUGUCGUCGAGUUUUUCUCGCGGUAACCGACACGUACCGACGAGUUAUCGACGACCUUCAGAAAUUACAUUUAACCGUCCGUGUGCGGGCAGCUUGACUCGGACUUUGUAUUCCUCGAAUACACCUUAUCGGGAAACUGACUCUGCAAACCCAUACGAAAACGGAAUGGCGUUUAAGGUCAGCUACAAGGAACUACGAGAAGCACAAAAGGAUGCUAAUGUCCUGAUCGUCGAUGUUAGAGAGCACUCUGAGAUAAACCAGACUGGCGCAUUACCAGGAAGCAUUCAUAUACCAAUGGAUAAUGUAUGCAAUGAAUUCUCAAAUCUUUCGGAGGAGGAGUUUUUGGAAAAAUACGGCAGACCUAAGCCAACCAAAGAUACGAAAAUCAUAUUCAGCUGUCAGUCCGGCAGAAGAUCUGCAAAUGUGCAAGCAAGGGUGCAAGAAUUAGGAUACACACAGGCAUAUAAUUACACUGGAGGCUGGUCGGAAUGGGAGCAAAAAGUGAAAAAUAAAAGUAAAAAGUAAAAAAAAAAAAGAAAAGUAGUCAAGCCUAAAAGGAAAACUAUCAUUACAAUGUUAAUAGAAUAUUUUCACUAUUGCACUGAUUUUUUAUAUACAUAGUGAUUUUGAGAUGUUAUAUUCUAUUAUUGCAGAUAAUAAAAGGUAAAGUAUUAUUUUCCUUGCAA